AUGGAACAAGUCACCCUCCAAAAGCUCGUGGAAAUGAGCGUGUACGCCGACCAGGUCCACCACUCGGUGUCCCAGUUGUUGCACACCGCGGUCGACCGCACCGUCCUCAAAGAAUGGAAAGAGUACUACAAAUUGUCCGACAAGAACCACGCUGCUGACACCAUGGUGCCAUUGUUGGACACUGCCCAGAUCAAAUUGGCGUCGCGAUUGAAACGUAUUGCUGUUGAAGAACCUGAUAACAUUCUCAACCAGAUUGCCCAAUUCAACCUCGCAAACAACGAUUUCAACGCGAAAUUCAACAAGAAUGUCAAACACGGAAACGGUUUCAGCAAACCCCAAUUGUUGGCCAUCACUUCCCCCAGAUUACUGAUCCUGGCAUUCUUCCAUCCCAGUAUUGUUGAGAAAAUCACCAAUUCCACUGGCCAAUUCGACAAACCAACGUUGGAGAAAUUCUACCGGUACCAAGAAGAACAUAAGAAACUCAAUAUUUUGGGGUACCAAUUCAUCAAUUUCAUCACCAUCCUCAUCAUCCAGGAAAAGUAUCCCAAACUAUCCCAAAAACUCACCAUCGAAAAGCAAAGCCAGGUAUUCAACUCUCAAUAUUUCAACCAGCUUGCCUUGGAUUACAAUCUCCAUAUCAAAUCGUCGCAACUUUUCGAUCUCAUCAAAUUGAACCAAGUGGAAAAAUUCCCUGUCGCUUCAUCAUCAUCUUCUUCUUCGUCAUUCAUCACUGGGGAAUUGUUUGAUAACCUUGAACGAAACGAACUAUAUACCGAUACUUUCUACGCGUACAUUGGGGCCCUAUUAUCGGAAAAUUAUGCAAAUUCCGCCAGUAUCAAGAUUUGGUUAUCGAUAUUAUUCUCCAUAAAGGUUGGAGAUGGCAUCACCACCACUAUUCCCACGAUACCUUCAACAUUUCCGGAAAUCAGAGAAACCCGGACACAUACUAAUAAUAACCCCAGUUUCAAAAAGCGCGUCGAAUACUAUAAAUCCCAACUCCUAUUGAAAGGUCUAAAAACCACCAUGGCAUUGAAAACCACCACCCGUCCAUUCAAAGUCGUGUGCUUAAUUGGCGAGGAUGUCAUGACCACGGAUUUCGGCAACACCAUUGCCGAAGCAGAAAAUAAUUGUCUUCAUAGUUUAUUUGAUAAUCCUCAAAAAGUCGAUGGAUUAGUGAAGAAUUAUCAUUUACGGAAAUAUUCAGGUGGUGAUGAAAAAGAUGAUGAUGAUGAUGAUGAUGAUGAUAUAUUGGUGAAUGAAAAUAAUAAACGAAAGAAAACCCGUCCUUCAAAUAAUCUUGAUAGUGAUUCUAGUUCUGGAUCAUCAAAAAAUGGCGAUGAUAUGGACAUUAGGAUGUACAAUACCUCCAUCACCCCAACCGUCACUGAGUCGCAUUUAUCCCUGGAAGGAGGACAAACUGCUUCCACUGGAGUGUCAUUGGGAGAUGUUUAUGGAUUUGCCACAAUGCGUGGUGCUUCACCAUAUUAUGGGUACGAUGCUCCAGGAAUACUAUCAUCGACAAUACCCUCAGGAGUCCACCAAGGAAUGCCCCAGCAGUUCUUUGGUAAUACCGUUCCUCCUGCAAAUUAUCUCCAUAAUCCUCAAAAUAAUCCAAAUUAUCUCCACAAUCCCCAAAAUAAUCCGUACAACCAGUUCCAUCAUCAACAACAACAACCGGUCCCGCCUUCCAAACCAGAUCCCCACGAUACACCAAUCGAUCAUUCUGCGAAAAAUACUUUGUACGCAUUAGUGGGACAACAAAGAUUGGUGCCAGAAUACAAAUUCACCACUUUAAGUCAGAAGAAAACCGUGGCCAAAGUGUUUGUUGAUGGGGUAUUUUUAGGUCAAGGGAUUGAUAAUAAUAAAAAAUUGGCGAGUCAACGAGCGGCGAUGAUGGCGUUGGAAAACGUUAGUGUUUUGAGUGCUCUUGGAAUUGAUAAUAAUAAUAAUAAGAAGAAGAAGAAGUGA